GACUUUAGUUCUACAGAGACUACAGUCUUUCGUUUCUGUAUUUUAACAAAAUAAGAAGCCCGAGAUCUAUUUUCAUUAGGUGUUACAAGUUUUCGUCAAUAUAUUUGCAAAAAAAAUAAGCUUCAUGCUUAACAGUCAUUAAAAUUGUUAAGAGUUGGACGUGUAGUGAAAUAUUAACUUUUUAUCUAAAAGGAAAUUUCCUAUCAAGUUAACUGGUAAAGUCAGUGAUGUGUUAAUCUAAUCAGGCUAGGUGGAAUAAAGCAAGAAUGUCGCGCCUUGAUAACAUUGAUGCACUUGAAAAACAAUUAGCCGACUUGCAAAUGACGAAUAAGGAAUUCAGUUCUAUUAGUAAGGGGAAAAAAAUCCCACCAGUUGUGCCGCCAAAAAAGAAAGCUCAACCUCAAGUUCCUCGUAGUGCUGCCGUCAGCACCCUUCGUGAGCCAUCAUAUUCUACUAAAAUAUCACCUGUACUGAACAAUAAUGCUGCUACUCAAAAUCAAAGUCUCAGCAAUGUGCAUUUGACAGCAGCCGAUUAUGCUAAUGUAGGCCAUUCGAAUAUGCCCGGUGUUUCCUUCAGUCAUAAUACACCGCAAACUUAUAACACGACAUACAGUAACCUGCCACCAUACCGAAAUAACAAUGACAGUCUUCCGCCGCCGCCACCUCCACCACCACUUCACAUUCCAGCAUCCAAGUCGUAUGACAACAAUCAAGGUCAUGAAGAAUACUUGCCUCCUCCAUCUCCAGUCAGCUCAAAUUACAGUGAAUUAGUUCGGGCUACAGCAAAUUUGAAUUAUAACCAGGAAAGGCAAAAUUAUCCACCUAUUUACCAAAAUGAAUUUGGUGACUAUAGUGCGUCUCAAGGAUCAACUUAUGAAUACGCCAUAUAUGAACCUAUAAAUCCGCGUCCACAGAGCAGUCUUUCGGGACAGAACACUUUCCAUAACUAUCGAAAUAAUGUACCAACUCCUGGAAAAUCUCCGCUUCCCAAGGAAGAGGAAGUUGACGCUCUAACAAACAUGUUAGUACAGUCUAUAUCCGACAGUCAGGAUUUGGAUAUUUUUGGUAUCUGCGUAAAAUGCGACGGUAAAGUAGUCGGUGAGAGUUCAGGAUGCACAGCUAUGGGUAAUAUGUAUCAUGUCCAGUGUUUUAGUUGCUAUCGAUGUAAUACAAAUCUGCAAGGAAAACCUUUUUAUGCCGUUGAAGGCCACCCUUUCUGCGAAACAGAUUAUUAUGAAACUCUGGAAAAAUGUUCCGUGUGUACUAAACCAAUCCUAGACAGGAUUUUAAGGGCAACAGGCAAGCCGUAUCACCCCACUUGCUUUACAUGUGUAGUAUGUGGUAAGAGUCUUGAUGGCAUUCCAUUUACUGUUGAUGCAAUGAAUCAAAUUCAUUGUAUUGAAGAUUUUCAUAAGAAAUUUGCCCCACGUUGUUGUGUGUGCGAACUACCAAUAAUGCCCGAAGAAGGUCAAGAGGAAACUGUUCGUGUUGUUGCACUUGAUCGCAGUUUUCAUGUUCGUUGCUACCGAUGUGAAGAUUGUGGACUCUUACUGUCUUCAGAGGCCGAAGGACGUGGGUGCUAUCCACUUGAUGAUCAUAUUCUUUGUAAAAAUUGCAAUGCUCACCGUAUACGCAUGCUUACGGUUCCAGUUAUGACGACCGACCUGUAAAGCAGGAGUGAAUCGUGAAUCAUUUGUACUCGUAUAUAAAAAAGAUAAGCUGCUUAAUUUAUUUAAUUACACGUUAUCCAUGAAAUAUGUAUAAGUUAUUUCAAAUUAGAUAAUAAUAAUGUAUACUGCUUAAAUCAGUUCACUUUGACAGCUAGUUUAGUUUAAUAGGUAUAUUUUUAUAUUAAUCUAUUUAUUUUUGUCUACGUUUGUAAUUUCGGGGAUUUUAGAUUACUGCUCACUGUUGGUAUCUCUAUUCCAAAAUGAAAAAAAUAUAUAUAUAUGGCAACUAUCUGACAAAAUAAUGUCCUGGAAAUCUAUAUGCUAUUAGUUUAAUAAAAUAAGGGAAUAUUAAGCGAAACUAUGCGCAGGUGGCGCCACUACCACAAUCUGAGGGUCUAUCGCGAAACAAGAAAAUCGAAAUUUCGCUAUCUAACAUCUCUGUCACUUGUAUAUUCGAGCGAUACAGAGGCAGAUAGCGAAAUUUCGGAUUCGUGUUUUCCGUUAGGUCCUCUGUAAACAAACUGCCUUGAUGCAUAAAUUUCAUAUUUUAUUAUCUUUGAAAACUUGUCAAAAACCUGUUAAAGGUACAGUAUGUAUGUUACUCUAUGGUUUACUAAAAAGGCUGGUGCUGCACUCUGGUGGCAGAACAUUGCAGUAAUAUCUCCUAUUUACAUACUUAACUUCACAUUAGGUCAGAUAGAGAUCAAGUGAGACAGUCCAUAUUAGAUUCAUAAGGUCAUGUAAGAUUAUUGGUAAUGGUUGUUUCAUCUAAUAGGUAUUAAGAACAUGUGAUAUUGGCUGCUAGUGUCAUCGAUUAAAAUAGCUAUUUAUUAUUGUUAGCAUUUAAAGCGUUAUGAAAUAACGCUAUCCAAAUCCAACAAAAUAAAAUGUUUCUUUUUAAUAAAUUUUAUAUUAUUCAUUUUA